CUUGAACAAGCAUGACAUGACGCAAGACCCUGAGCUACAUGCUAGACCACCCGUAAAACUAGAGCCGGGUGACACCAAAUGAAGCUACCCCACAUAGUGGGGUGGAUGAAUGUGGUUCCAACGCGCGCACCACUGCGAAUGACAUCAUCAGGGCAAACUCAAUAUCAAUACAAAGUCGCGCCAUAUCCUCUCCUUCUCUCACACCCAAAUUACCUGCCUACCACCAAAUCACCCAUAAGAAGCUAUCACAUAACCACACCACACCUCAACGCGUAUUCUCUACAACAACCUUCAACAUGUCUGGCUUUAGCAACGCGGAUACCGGCUCCAAGACGGCCGACCCCUACACACAGAAGAACCUUGAGGAGCCCUCCCUCAAGGAGAAGUGCGAGGACCUACUCAACUUCGUCGACAAGACCAAGUUCUGCCUGUUGACCACACAGGUUGCUGACAGCGACCUCCUGGCUUCAAGAGCCAUGGCUCUCGCUGCCAAGGAGGGCCACGGCUUCGACCUCCUCUUCCACACCAACACCGAGUCCGGCAAGACAGACGACCUCAAGGAACACAAGUCUGUCAACAUUGGCUUCAUCAACAGCUCUGGUGAAUGGGCAUCCAUUUCUGGUCAUGCCUCUAUUGAGACUGACCGCGAGGUCGUGCGUAAGCACUACUCCCCCGCGCUCAAGGCGUGGAUCGGUGACCUUGGUGAUGGCAAGCACGACGGUGGACCCGAGGACCCCCGUAUUGGCAUCAUUCGCGUCAAGGCCAGCACCGCACAAUACGCUGUAUCCAAGCGAACACAGAUUGGCGGAUUUGUUGAGUUGGCAAAGGGUAUUGCGACUGGAGAGGCACCAAGCGUAAACAAGCUAAGGCAUCUCGACGAGGCGGAGAUUCAGCAGUACAGGUCGCAGUAGAUGCAACCUUGGAAGCUGUUCGAUUCACGAUUCCACGAUGCUGCAAGAGCGGC